AUGUUCGGAUCCUCCAUCGAAUAUCAAGAAUUAUGGAAGAGUAUUCUCAGCGCUUACAUUCAUCACGAGGUCAAGUGCAGAAUGCUUGGACCCCAGCCAACUAUCCAUUCCUUCUCUUUCACGGGAACAUGGCCCUUCUGGAUAACAAUACGACCAAACAUUGGAGAUGAUAUGCCCGCAGAAUGCAAAAAGAAAGAUAUCCUCCAAUCACUUAGAAGAAAAGGAGGAAUGUACUUCAUAACCUUGGAGGAAAGCGAUCCAAACGAAAAAGAGGUUAUUGAAAUCUCAUCCAUCCAAAACAUAGCACAACACGACGUCAACAAGGCCAAAAACCAGCUGAAAAAACCUGACCCCGCAGGAGCCAGGGCAGUGCACCAGCGGGCAGCAGAGGCCGGGGAGGGAAGCGGUCCAGACGGGCUGGCAGAGGAGCUCGGAGGGCUGCUGGAGCGGAUCGAGGGGAAGGAGGAGGCGGCGAGAAGGACGGAGGAGGCGUCACGCGCGCUCAAGGAGGCUGAAGAGCUGCUGGAGAAGGGCGACCUGGCGGGAGCCAGGGCAGCGCACCAGCGGGCAGCAGAGGCCGGGGAGGGAAGCGGUCCAGACGGGCUGGCAGAGGAGCUCGGAGGGCUGCUGGAGCGGAUCGAGGGGAAGGAGGAGGCGGCGAGAAGGACGGAGGAGGCGUCACGCGCGCUCAAGGAGGCUGAAGAGCUGCUGGAGAAGGGCGACCUGGCGGGAGCCAGGGCAGCGCACCAGCGGGCAGCAGAGGCCGGGGAGGGAAGCGGUCAAGACGGGCUGGCAGAGGAGCUCGGAGGGCUGCUGGAGCGGAUCGAGGGGAAGGAGGAGGCGGCGAGAAGGACGGAGGAGGCGUCACGCGCGCUCAAGGAGGCUGAAGAGCUGCUGGAGAAGGGCGACCUGGCGGGAGCCAGGGCAGCGCACCAGCGGGCAGCAGAGGCCGGGGAGGGAAGCGGGCAAGACGGGCUGGCAGAGGAGCUCGGAGGGCUGCUGGAGCGGAUCGAGGGGAAGGAGGAGGCGGCGAGAAGGACGGAGGAGGCGUCACGCGCGCUCAAGGAGGCUGAGGAGCUGCUGGAGAAGGGCGACCUGGCGGGAGCCAGGGCAGCGCACCAGCGGGCAGCAGAGGCCGGGGAGGGAAGCGGUCCAGACGGGCUGGCAGAGGAGCUCGGAGGGCUGCUGGAGCGGAUCGAUCUCCCCCAGGAAUCUGCUGAGCAACAGGAUUUGCUUUCAUCUGGAGGGUCGUCGCCAUGUGACGUGUCAGAGGGAUCGUUUUGUGGUGCUCCUUCUCUGAAAGGUUUUUCAGUUGGUGACAAAGUUCUUGCCCGGUUUGAAGGCUCGGAGGAGUUCUUCGAUGGAGUUAUUCACGCCAUGCACGCCAACGGACGCUUCCACGUCAAGUUCGACGACGGGGACGAGGACGAGCAGGUGGCGGCGAGUCACGUGAUCCUCAAACCCUCCUCCUUCUCCACCGGCGACCGAGUGGUGGCGAGGUUUCAAGGGUCUGAGGAAUUCUUCGAUGGAGUGAUCGGCGCCUGCCAUGCCGACCAGCUGUAUCGCGUUGAGUUCGACGACGGCGACGUAGACGACGGCGUGCACGUGAGCAACAUCUUGCCGAGGAAGCUAGCGGCUUGA